AUGAGCAGACAGAACAAGCCAUACACACGUCCCAACCAGCGUCCCGACGUCGACGGCCAAUGGAAACAUGAUCUCCAUACCGAAAGCCAGAAAAACCGACUCGUUGACCGUAUUACCCAAGAUCCCGGACAGGAUCUCGCCUCCAGGAUCUUUGGUGGUGGGAAAGCAUCCCCACAAGCCAAUAGUGCCGCCAGAGGAUCCAGGGCGGGCACAGAGCUCUUUCCCCCUGGCGGUCAGCCUGCCAAGAGGUCUCAGGGGGCUGCCCGGGGUGUUGGAGUGGAUUCCAGAGCGAGAAACAUGCUGAACGAUGCGUUGAGGCAGCCGGCUCGGCGAGAAAUUAGACAGCCCGGGCAAUCACAGGUGUCUAUCAUGGGUGCUGCCAGAACGGCAAUUUGGGUACGCGUGGAGAAUCUUGCUCCAGGGACAACACCAGAGGAUGUGAUUUCUGCUUUCAACCCCCUCCCCCUUGCUGAGGCUGUUCUGUCGAGCUCUGCUUCAUCCUCCCUCGUAUCUAUCGACCUCCAGGUCGAAUCGAGAGCCGACGCAGACCAACUCAUCAAGCAAUACAAUGGGGUUGUCGCGGAUGGCAACACGCUGAAGGUGUCGAUCGUCAAUGGGUUGAAGAGCAGAUUAGGGGACAAUCCGACGCCUAAAUUUGAGACGAGCAGCAACGUCGCAGGGCAGGAGCUUUUGGGACCCACGAAGAGCACUAAACUCUACUCUGAUCAGAUUCUGGCCGUCGACCCCAAUGCAGCCAUCAUCACCUUGGCCGAGGAGCAGCCUCCCCAGCGUGCCUUUGACCAGGGAAAUAGCGGAUGGAGAGGAGGAAGGGCAAGGGGUGGUGGGAGGAACUUGGCGGAUAGGAUGAACGUCAGACCGAGGGGUGGGAGACGUUAG